GGUGCGCCUCGGAAACGCGCGCUUGGGUCGCGGCGAGGUGAUGUCCCGGAAAACGUCCGCCUGAUCUAGUGGGAACUCGGCAUGACUUUCGGGGUAGUAAGAUUCUCAUGGAAGUGUGAAUAUGCUAGGAUGGGAACCAGUUGGAAUCAGUCUAGAUCAGAAUUUCUCAACCUCAGCACUAUUAACACUUUUUAGCCAGUUUGUUGAAUUCACAGAUUUGGAACCCAUGGAUCUGGAUGGCUGACUAGAACAUGUAGAGGGAAAUCUAAGUUCAUUUCAAGGCAUUCGAAAUGGGGAAAGACUAUUAUUCCAUUUUGGGAAUUGAAAAAGGAGCUUCAGAUGAAGAUAUUAAAAAGGCUUACCGAAAACAAGCCCUCAAAUUUCAUCCGGACAAGAACAAAUCUCCUCAGGCAGAGGAGAAAUUUAAAGAGGUCGCAGAAGCUUAUGAAGUAUUGAGUGAUCCUAAAAAGAGAGAAAUAUAUGAUCAGUUUGGGGAGGAAGGGUUGAAAGGAGGAGCAGGAGGUACUGAUGGACAAGGAGGUACCUUCCGGUACACAUUUCAUGGAGAUCCUCAUGCCACAUUUGCAGCAUUUUUUGGAGGUUCCAACCCCUUUGAAAUUUUCUUUGGAAGACGGAUGGGUGGUGGUAGAGAUUCUGAAGAAAUGGAAGUAGAUGGAGAUCCUUUCAGUCCCUUUGGAUUCAGCAUGAAUGGAUAUCCGAGAGACAGGAAUUCUGUGGGCCCUUCCCGUCUCAAACAAGAUCCUCCAGUUAUUCAUGAACUUAGAGUAUCACUUGAAGAAAUAUAUAGUGGUUGUACUAAACGGAUGAAGAUUUCUCGAAAAAGGUUAAACCCUGAUGGAAGGAGUUAUAGAUCUGAGGACAAAAUUCUUACUAUUGAGAUUAAAAAAGGUUGGAAAGAAGGCACCAAAAUUACUUUUCCAAGGGAAGGAGAUGAAACACCAACUAGUAUUCCAGCAGACAUUGUUUUUAUUAUUAAAGAUAAAGAUCACCCCAAAUUUAAAAGGGAUGGAUCAAAUAUAAUUUAUACUGCUAAAAUUAGUUUACGAGAGGCACUGUGUGGCUGCUCAAUUAAUGUGCCAACAAUGGAUGGAAGAACCAUACCUAUGUCAAUAAAUGAUAUUGUGAAACCUGGAAUGAGGAGAAGAAUUAUUGGAUAUGGGCUGCCAUUUCCAAAAAAUCCUGACCAACGUGGUGACCUUCUAAUAGAAUUUGAGGUGUCCUUUCCCGAUUCUAUAUCCUCAUCAUCCAAAGAAGUACUUAGGAAACAUCUUCCUGCCUCAUAGAAUGAAAAACUUUGUUACCCAUAUUUUGAUAAGGCACUGAAAAUAUAAAAGGACUGACAGUUUACUGAUGCAGAUGUGAAUUCUGUAUAAAAACAUGUAAAUUAUUUUGAGGGUUCAUUAAAUUGCAUGAAUAGAGACGGGUCAAAUAAAUAGGCAAAAGGGAUUUUUACAGUUAGAGAUGAGGAGAGACCAUUCACUCUAUUUUAUUUCACUUCUUCAAAAUCAGAAAUUUUUAGUAUUUUGCUUACAUGUAAAAUUUGUUUUUGUGGAGUUAGUAGAUAUAUUUCUAAUAAAAUAGUAGACUAUACAAGUACUUUAUUUCUUAUAUCUUUAUCAGUUUGGUAGGUUCUCAUUUAUAAUGGAAAUUUGAAUUCUUAAACUAUACAUGUGAUAUGUGUUUCCAGAAAAUAAAAACCCAAGUCAUUUGGAAAUGUGAUUAACUAGAUUUAAAUCACUAUCUGAAGUGCUGCUACAGGGCUGGUACCCAUAAAAGAAUAUCCUCAUGCAUAUGUUUCCCCAUUUUGAUUUUUAAAAUAUGCUGUAGCAUUUGUUAAUAACAUAGUUGUAAUAUUCUCGAGGUGAACCUUUUCUCCAUAAAAAGGAAAUUAAUGGCAAUUUAUCUCCUGUGGAAAUCCCAAUUGCCUGAGUUACUGACAUUUUAGAAAUAGGCUGUUUUUAAAAUGCCAUAUGUAAUUUUAUGCAAGUUGACUAUAUAUCUUGGACUUAAUAAAUUAUAGGCACAUUUUGUUGUCCACUAGUUUACACUAGUUUGUUUAAUAAUAAACAUGUUUUUAGAGGAAAUGUUGUUAUUUGGAAUUAAUUUUCCAAUUACACAGUCUUCUGUAACUUACUCAUAAUAUGCUAUAUGUACCUUAUGCAAUUUCCCUAAAAUGAAUAAACUACCACAAUGGCAUUAAACCAAAAUAUGGGGAAAAUAAACACUAACUGCUGCUUAUGAAUGAUGUUGCUACUACUUGUUAUGCAUACAAAUAUUUUACUUUUUCAUAUGCAUAGAUUGCAUUUCUUAGGUGUUUUAAUUUUUAAAUAUAUUUACAUUUAAAAAAUUGUUUUGUUUUCUGUUUUAUAACUAUAGUAAAAAUGAUGUUUUGAAACAA